GUAUUUUAUUUAUUUGACCUUACUGUCAUAAAGUGUUCAAAUUCAAGUAUUGUAAAGAUGGUAACAGGCAAAGGAUCAUGGUUCCUGGAGAGAGGAAAGACUGGCCAAGGAAAUCAGCUUUUCAGAGCUUAGCGGAUCAGACUCAAAUUCAUUAAAGAUGGCACGGAAGACCAGCAGCCUGAUGCAGACGUGCAGGCUUCUUCUCUUAGUGAUUUUAUUUCUGCCAUGCGAGAUGACAAGUUCUGUUUUAACUGUGAAUGGUAAAACUGAAAGCUAUACUCUGGACACUGAGCCUGGACUCCAAGAGUCUCUGAGAUGCGCUGUUCAAAACCAUACCAGAGAGGAAGAACUUCUCUGGUACCGAGAAGACAGGAAAGUGGAUUUGAAAUCUGGAAACAAAAUCAACUCCAGCUCUGUCUGUGUCUCUUCCAUCAGUGAGGAGGACCAUGGCAUCACCUUCACCUGCAAACUGCAGAGAAAUCAGUCAGUGUCCGUCUCAGUGGUGCUGCACGUCACCUUUCCUCCUCUCCUAAGCGGAGAUGACUUCCAAACAGCUGAGGAAGGCAGCAACGUGAAGUUGGUUUGCAAUGUGAAAUCCAACCCCCAGGCUCAAAUGAUGUGGUACAAGAACAGCAGCAUCUUGAAUUUAGAGAAAGACCAUCACCAAAUCCAACAGACAAGUGAGUAUCUUCAACUGUCAAUCACCAAAAUCCAGAAAUCUGACAAUGGAACCUACACCUGUAUUGCAAAUUCAUCUGUGGAAAUGAAGACCAAGGACUUUCACCUUAUUGUCAAAGAUAGAACUUCCACUGUGCCAAUAGAACCCAUUAUUGCUGCAUGUGUUGUGGUCUUUCUGACCUUGUGCUUCGGACUGGUUGCUAGAAGACACAGAAUAAUGAAGCUCUGCAUAAAGAAUAAUGAUCCUCAAAGUGAAACAGCUCUAUGAGAAAGCUGAGAUGCCAUCUAAUACAGCAAGAGUUUUGCAUCAGGACUUCCUUGAUUUAUGUAGUCCCAUCUGUAUUUAUUGCUAUUAUUAAAUUCAUUCCUGUCAGAUUGUCAGAGGUUAUGAAGAAGUGUUUCAUUAAGCAUUUAGCAGUAGUUGUUAUGACUAAUUUGAUAUACUUGCAGAACAUUUUCAGGAAGAAAACUGUUAAGCAUGAAAAGUAAGAUUUUGUUAAGUCUUCUCCUUGAAGGAUAUGUUAAUUAAUUGAGAUUUGUUCUGAAAAGGUUAGUACCUAUUUACAUUUAGUAUGUAUUUUCCUAGGUAGAAGACUAACAGACAUUUGGGUUUCAUAAAUCAGUACAGUACUAAAAAAAGAAAAAAAUUAAGGGUUGGGGGGGCAACAUAGAAUGAUCAAUUUUUUUAAGUUGUCAAGGAAGCACAUAAAUAACAUCAAUUAUCAUCUACCUUCACUGUCAUUUCAUAAAAGAAAAGUUUUAGGACUAAAAAAGGAUAUAAUCUCAGAAUAUAAGAUAGUCCUUUAAAUGGAAAAAAUGUAGUGUUAUUAAAAAAAAAUCAACAUAUGUCCUUCUUUAUCCCAUCUCAUCAUGGUUGACACAAUAAAAAACUUUGUGAGA